GCAGGGAGGUAGAGGCAAAGGAUCAUCUGAGGGUAAAUAGCGACUCAGGCUUGUAGCUUCUCCAAAUCUUCCUUUGCAGAGAAGUUAAUGAACGGGGAGCGUGGGGCAGCUGUGGGGAAAACUCUUGUUGGAUUGCUACUGAUUGGGGCUUUUAAGGACACUGCUACUUGCUUUGGCUGAACACUUCAGUGCUGCCACUGUUUCAUCAGCAAGUGGUGUCUGUGUAUCUGAGCCCCAAAGGAGCCUGAGCUCUCUUACAUCUGUGCUGAGGAAGGCAAGAGAGUCCUGGAUCGAAUGAGUCCCUCGCAUGACUUUGCCAAGUCAUCUGCACCAUGUCUGGGGCAAUCCUCUUCUUUCUCCUCUUCCACCUGUUAGCAGCUGGCUGGGUUUGGGCACUGACUACUGAGAUUCCGUAUCUUAGUGUGGGAGAUGGAAGUGUUUCGGAAUUCAGCUUCCCAGAACACAGCCAGGGAAUCUUGUUGGUGUCCUCCCACUACCCAGGCCCUGAUGCUUGGCUGAGGGUGGAUUCUCUGGAGCCAACAGUCAUUGCUAUUGAAAACAUCACAGUCUCCUGGGGAAGAGGCUUUAUGGUUGGGUUUCAGUCUGGUCUGCCUGGCCUGGCCCCACUGCAGAUGCAGCUGCUGGAGCAAAGCCGUAUUGUCGAGAAACGGAUGGAUUUUCGGAUUCGUGUGCAUGCUCGCAGUCCAGAGCCAGUGGCCCGCUCGGGACUAGGCCAUUUCUCUGAGAACCCAGUCCUCUAUGCCCUCCUGCCUCUCAUCUUCCUCAACAAAUGUGCAUUUGGCUGUAAGAUUGAGGUGGAGGCCCUCCAAAAACUCGUGCGUCAGCCCCACCCCGUCAUGUUGGGUAUCCUGGGCCAGUUCGUGAUUAUGCCCCUGUACGGCUACCUCAUGUCUGUGGCCUUCUCUUUGCCGAAGCCCCUGGCCCUUGGGCUCGUAAUUUCGUGCUCCUCUCCUGGUGGUGGGGGCGGCUACCUGUACAGCCUUCUGCUGGGUGGGGAUGUCACCGUGGCCAUCUCGAUGACUCUGCUUUCCACAGUGGCGGCCACCGGACUCAUGCCGCUCUCGUCGACCUUCUACGGCUGGCUGCUGGGCGCCCACGAAACCCUCCAUGUGCCCUUCCUCAAGAUCCUCAUUACCCUCCUUUUCAUUGCCGUGCCCAUCUCCAGUGGCAUGUUGGUCAAGUGCAAGCUGCCCCGCAUCUCCCGCCUGCUGCUGCUGCUCAUCAAGCCCUUCAGCUUCACCCUCAUCAUUGGAGGACUCUUCAUGGCCUACCACAUGGGGGCCUUUAUCCUGGAGAAUGUGCAGCCCGCCAUCGUGCUGGCAGGCAUCACCGUGCCCAUCUUUGGCCUGCUGCUGGGCUACUUGCUGGCUUGGUGCUUGGGACUGCCUGGGCCACAGCGCCGGACGGUCAGUAUUGAGGUCGGGGUGCAAAACAGCCUGCUGGCCCUGGCUGUGCUGCAGCUCUCCUUUGAGCGGACCCAGGCCGACUUUGCCUCCCAGGCACCUUUCAUCGUAGCCCUGAGUAGCACUUCUGAGAUGCUGUUGCUGGUCUUGGGGAACUUGGCCUACAGUAAACUCUGCCCAACUGGCUCUUGAGAACCCACCUGGGGAAGCAAAGGCAGAUACCAAAGAUGUCGAGCUUCAGAUGUGGGCCUGCAAGGAGAGACGGGUACCAAAGGCCUUAGCAGCUGAGCUUGGGGCACCCUCUUCAGGGGUUGUGGAAACCAAGACCUCAGUGUCUUUGCCUCUUACAGGGUGGGGGGGGGGGUGUGGCUUGGAUACCAAAAGGCUUGUGUGAAGUGGAACACAUCCCAAAGGCGACUUUGCCCUGGGGAUCUAUACUGUUUGGCCUUUUCAUCAUCUUGUUUUGUUUUUGUUUUUGUUUUUAAGUCUGUCUGUUUUUUCUACAUAGCAAGAGGUGCCUCUGCAGUCUAGUGCUAGAGUUAUACAGACUAAAAGAUGGAGGUGGAAGUGACUCAUUUCUCCUCUCCUAUUGAUUGGGGUAUACAGGGUUUGAAUAAAAGGAAAAAGGAGCUAA